AUGCCUCCAGGGGGCAGGAUGUCCCACUGCGCCUGCAGAGCGUCCUCCCUGCACCUGAAACCGCCCACUGCGUUUCCAACCGUGCCGGCACAACGGCAGCCGUCCUGGCGCGUCUCUUGGCGUGGCGACCGGCGCUGGUGCCACGGGGACAGCAGUGCACCAUUGGGCAAUGACGAAGCAACGGAAGAGGACAGGGCGUACAUGCGGCGCGCUCUGGGCCUGGCCAGACGCGGCCUGGGCGCCACGGCGCCCAACCCCGCAGUGGGGUGUGUCGUUGUGAAAAAUGGUGAGGUUGUCGGUGAAGGCUUCCAUCCGAAGGCUGGUCUGCCACACGCAGAGGUGUAUGCCCUGAGGGCAGCAGGCAACAUGGCUGAGGGUGCCACCGCAUAUGUGACCCUUGAGCCCUGCAACCAUUAUGGACGCACACCACCGUGCAGCAGGGCACUUGUGGAAGCAAGAGUGAGCAAGGUAGUCGUUGGCAUUGUUGAUCCCAACCCCCUUGUUGACAACGAGGGCAUAAAGACGUUGCAAAAGGCAGGGAUCCAGGUUGUGGUUGGGUGCUUGGAAGAGCAGUGUUAUGAAAUCAACAAGGAUUUCAUGGUGGGUAUCCAGGAGCAGGAUUCAAGCAGAGGCUGA